CUGCAGAUGUUUGUGAAGCACAAGUAUUUCGAAAAUGGUAUAACUAGUGCGAUUGUGGUAAAUACAAUCAUACUGGCGGUGCACUUUCGUGGUAUGGGGAGCGAGAUGGAGACAGCUGUGAAUAAUCUGAAUUACUUGCUUUUGUCAGUCUUCGUGUUCGAGUUGGUGAUGAAAGUACUCGCAUUCGGAAUUUUAGGAUAUAGCAAGGAUCGCUACAAUUUGUUCGACGCGACUGUUGUCACUGCCGGUCUGAUAGAGCUGGCAUAUCGUAACAGCAGCUUGGCCGUCGCACGCGCGUUCCGUCUGUUGCGAGUGAUGCGCACGACUCGCCUCAUCACAAGAAACAAGAACAUGCGGCGUUUGAUAGAUACCACCAUGGAGAGCUUCAGUGCUAUUCUGAACUUUUGCGGUGUCCUAUUCGUCUUUGUUUUCGUCUUCACGGUUUUAGGCAUGCAGCUAUUUGGUGGACGCGACGAGUUUUGGGAUGCGCGGCCGAAUUUCAACACCUUUGGGGAUAGUUUUCUCUCUGUAUUCGAGAUUCUGACGGGAUCGCAUUGGUACAAGUUGAUGCUCGUCGCCAUGAGUGGCUCGUACGGCGCCCCUGCAGCCUUGUUUUUCAUUUGCUGGUCCUUCAUCGGUUCAUUUGUGCUGUUGAAUCUCAUCGCGGCGAUGCUCAUUGACACAUUUUCACGCACGAUGCGAGCAAAGGAGCUCGAACUCGAGCGUUUGCGCGAGGAAAAGAAAGAGACGGAACGCCGAGAGGCCGAGGCCAAACGUCAACGAGAAAUCAAUACUCUUCUCGAGGGAAACAAUGAUGAUGAGAUGGAUAAGGUGGAAACGAAAAUUGACAAAUCUUCAAAGAAGAACAUCGCCGAAGAGGACUGGUUACGCAAUGCCGGUGCGACAAAGGAUGAGAUUUGCAUGAUGUACCCGUCGUUGGGUUUCAUCAAGCCGCGACGCCCGAUGCGACGUUUGCUAUUCAUGCUUAUCAAGCAUCCCGCGUUUGAGGCGCUCAUGCUCGUUCUCAUCGUAUUCUCGUGCAUCCAGCUCGCGCUCGACGCGCCCACAGUGCAUCCAGAAAGUGAUUUGGCCAGCGUUCUCAAAGCAGCGGACGUAUCUUUCACGCUCAUAUUUUUGGGCGAGGCAAUCAUAAAAGUAAUUGCGAUGGGCUUCGUUAUGCACCCAGGAGCAUACCUUCGAUCUCCUGCGAACUGCUUUGACUUUUUCAUUGUCAUCGUAUCGCUCGCCGUCGAAACCAUGAGCGCGUCAGCACUGAAGUCUAUGCGCAGCUUCAGGUUAUUUCGAGCUCUGCGUCCUUUGCGCCUGUUAAAUCGAGUUAAGAGUAUGCAAAUCGUCGUUGCGACGCUGCUUCACGUCCUACCUGAUCUUGGGAGUGUGAUGCUGUUGGGAUUGUUUCAGUUUUUGAUUUUCGCAAUUCUGGGCUCGCAGUUAUUUGCUGGUAAAUUUGAUUACUGCAACGACCCUACGGUCUCUGGAAUGCACGCGUGCGUCGGGACGUUCGUUGACGAGAAAGGUGCACACGUGACUCGCCGGUGGCUCAAUCCGCCACUGAACUUCGAUAACACCCUGCUCGCUCUACUGAGUCUCUUCGUCAUCGUCACACGUGACGGAUGGCUUUCUGUAGCGUUUCAAGGCAUGGACUCAACGGAUACGGACUUGCAGCCAUCUUUAAACAACAGUGGCUGGACAGCUAUUUAUUUUUUGAGCUUUAUUGUGAUCCUCUCUUUCGUCUGGUUGAGUAUGAUCGUCGCCCUCGUGUGCGAGAGUUACAAGAAGGCUUGUGUGUUGAGCAACUCGACGCAGACGCUCAACGCCGAGCAGCAAGAGUGGGCGGAAGUUUUGCGUAUGAAAAAACACGACGCCGAGCUCAAAAUAUUGGAUGACGACACAACCGGGGCGCCACGGUUUUUCAUUCGAAAAUCGGCUUACUCCUUAGCCACGAACCCUCGAUUUGAGGCUUUCAUCGUUGGCUGCAUCAUUGCCAACACUAUCACCAUGGCGUCGUAUCACGACGGACAACCGAAAGCCUAUGCCGAAAUUCAACGAGCGGCGAAUGUGUUUUUCUCUUGGAUCUUCUUGUUAGAGCUCUCGUUGAAAAUGGUCGCACUGUUCCCGAAACGUUACUUUUCAGAGCGCUGGAACGUGUUUGAUUUCAUCAUCGUCGUGGCUAGUAUUCCCGACCUCGCAGGUGUGGAUUUCGCCGGUACCACGGUGCUCCGCGUCAUCCGACUUGGACGCGCGCUACGUCUGUUUAAACAAGCGAAGGGUCUACGUACGGUUUUCAAUACGCUAUUGAGCUCCUUUGAAAGCGCGUUUAACGUCGUUUUCCUGAUAUUCAUGUUGAUGUUUGUGUACGCGGUGCUUGGCAUGAAUCUCUUCGGCGACUACGAAACCACGUAUCCGAGUGGACGUGUGGAGAACUUUCGGAACUUUGGCGCAUCGCUUAUGGUUCUCUUGCGAGUCAUCACGCGUGAUAAUUGGAAGCGUAUCAUGUUCGACACGAUGAAAUGUGAAUACAAUGUGGACGGCGUCGCGGCGAAUUGCAGUUACAUCUUCGUCCCGGCGCUCUUCUUCACGAGCUUCAUAUUGUUGGGGGCGUACGUGUUGUUGAGCCUUAUCAUCGCCUCCAUUUUGGACAAAUUUACUGAAAACGCUGUGAACGAGGGCCUGCUUUCGACGGCGAAUAUAUUCGUCACUGUCCGUCGAAAGUUGCUGCUUGACACGUUUUCCACCAAGCUCAAGAUGAAGCUCGACUCGUUCAAAGUGAAGAAGCCCACGAGAGGGGCACGAAAGAAAAAGUAGGACUCGAUGAAAGUGUCGAGUGUGUAAAGUAGCUCUAUGAAAUGGAAAUGAUUAUAAAUGGUCACUUAAGCAUGAUUUACAGCGGUCUGCGAUGUGGUUACAGAGGCGGCAGUGAAGAAUACAGGUGAGUCAAUAGAAGUCAAUCGACUUCAGCGCGCGUGCGUUUCUGAUGAAUGUUCGUAAAUGGUACCAGUGGAUUAUUUUUCAGUCUUUUCUUUCUGCUCGGAUGUUUCAUUCUCAGUCUUGAUGGCUUUUAUCUUUGCCGACGUUGUCGCCGUUACGGAAGUGUUUGCGGCGGGCGCCACCGAGCCAAAGCCGUAUGGAUUUUGCAUCGCUCCUUGGAA